CUGCAGGCAAAAGAGCAGCAAACAACCUCAUUCUAAACUGCUCCUUUGUCGAGCAACGCCCUUUUUUCCCCCUCAGCCGUUUCCAAUUUCCUGUCCAUCUGUCAGCGUUUGGUGGUUUUGAGACAAGAGCGGGGAGCGCCACUCUGCCACAGACUAAGUUAGGUCGGUCUUAAUGGGGCUGAGCCUAUCUAUCCCAUCCCAUCCCAUCCUUCCAGCAACCCAGGAUCACGAUCGGGACAGACAGUCAGGAGGCGAGCAUAUUCAAUCUCUGCCUUUGUUCUCUGUGCUCCUUACUACCUUGGGUGGACCGCAUUAUUCCUCUCGUUCUCUUUAUCCUACCCUUGCCCCGCGCUGAAUGUGCGUUAUCGUCGAAGCCACAGCGCUUGGCUUCAAUCAAAACCGUCUCGACAGACGGGGGACCGCGUCCGCUGCCUCUUGACUGAACAACCGAAACUGUGAGAAGAAUGGGUUCAAAUUUACCUGCACAACCAAACCUCCGAGUUACGAUCAUCGCUGCCGAUGGGUUAUACAAACGAGAUGUGUUCCGCUUUCCGGAUCCUUUCGCCGUGGCGACGGUGGGAGGUGAACAAACACAUACGACUUCUGUGAUCAAGAAGACGCUAAAUCCGUAUUGGAAUGAGAUGUUUGACUUGAGGGUCACGGAAGAUAGCAUAUUGGCGAUCCAGAUAUUUGACCAGAAGAAAUUCAAGAAGAAGGACCAAGGGUUUCUCGGCGUAAUAAACAUUCGAAUUGGAGAUGUGAUUGACCUCGACGUUGGUGACGAUGAGAUGCUCACGCGAGAUCUUAAAAAAUCCAAUGACAACAUGGUUGUUCAUGGAAAACUAAUUAUCAACCUUUCUACCAAUUUAUCGACGCCCAUACCUGCGAACCAAGGUGGGCCGCGUUCCCACGUUUCUACAGCUCCUCCUGCGCCAGCACCUACGCAACACCACCCCCCGGCCCUCACAGCACCGGUAACGCUUCCUGGACCACGCCCAAAUUCAGGUGUUGCAGAAUCUCCCGCUUCAAAUCCGCCUCCUACAUCCCAUUUACAACCCUCAAGAAAUCCCUCCACCGCAACCGCCGUUACAUCCGCAGUACCAGUAAACGGCGGUGGGUCACAGGCUAACGGGAUGCCGAACCAACAUAGGAAUUUGAGUUCCUUUGAGGAUAGCCAGGGAAGACUCCCUGCGGGUUGGGAACGGCGAGAAGACGGUUUAGGUCGAACCUAUUAUGUAGAUCAUAAUACACGGACGACGACAUGGACUCGUCCAUCAGCACACUACAAUGAACAGACGCAGAGGACCCAGCUCGAAGCCAAUAUGCAAAUGGAACGGCGAGCUCAUCAGAACCGGAUGCUACCUGAGGAUCGCACUGGUGCAAAUUCCCCGGAUUCGCAACAAGCUCGCACUCCCCCAUCUGCCAACAAUGCUACAGCAGUGCAGAUGAUGACUACAGGAGCUACCACAGCGGGUUCUGGAGAACUUCCGGCAGGAUGGGAGCAGAGAUAUACUCCCGAAGGCCGUCCAUACUUUGUUGACCAUAACACCAGAACAACAACCUGGGUCGACCCUCGCCGCCAACAAUAUAUCCGUAUUGGCUGGGAAAUGCGCCUGACAAAUACUGCUCGAGUCUACUUUGUGGAUCAUAAUACGAAGACAACUACGUGGGACGAUCCGCGAUUGCCGUCAUCUCUCGAUCAAGGGGUUCCACAGUAUAAACGCGAUUUCCGCCGUAAAUUGAUCUACUUUAGAUCUCAGCCCGCACUAAGAAUCAUGUCCGGCCAGUGCCAUGUCAAGAUACGGCGAAGUGCCAUUUUCGAAGAUUCAUAUGCGGAGAUCAUGCGACAGAGCCCAUCGGACCUUAAGAAACGUUUGAUGAUCAAGUUUGAUGGCGAGGACGGCCUUGAUUAUGGUGGCUUGUCACGUGAAUUUUUCUUCCUUCUUUCUCACGAAAUGUUUAAUCCGUUCUACUGCUUGUUUGAAUAUUCCGCCCACGAUAAUUAUACACUCCAAAUCAACCCACACUCCGGUGUCAACCCAGAGCACCUGAAUUAUUUCAGAUUCAUCGGACGAGUGGUUGGACUUGCGAUUUUCCAUCGACGGUUCUUGGAUUCAUUUUUCAUUGGCGCUUUUUACAAGAUGAUGUUGAGGAAGAAGGUCACGUUGCAGGACAUGGAAGGUGUGGAUGAAGAUUUCCACCGAAAUCUAACAUGGACUUUGGAGAAUGAUAUUGAGGGAGUGUUUGAGUUGACUUUUGCCGUCGACGAUGAACAGUUUGGGGAACAUAAAACAAUCGACCUAAUCCCAAAUGGAAGAGAUAUUGCUGUUACCAAUGAGAAUAAGCGACAAUAUGUUGAGUUGGUCACUGAAUGGAAGAUUCAGAAGAGAGUGGAAGAGCAAUUCAACGCCUUUAUCACCGGAUUUAACGAACUUAUUCCUGCAGAUCUAGUCAAUGUCUUCGAUGAGCGAGAGCUUGAGCUCCUGAUUGGUGGAAUCGCAGAUAUUGAUGUCGAUGAUUGGAAAAAGCAUACCGAUUAUCGUGGAUACCAGGAGCAAGACGAGGUCAUUCAGAACUUCUGGAAAAUUAUACGAACUUGGGAUGCGGAACAAAAGUCGAGAUUGUUGCAGUUUGCCACGGGUACUUCGCGUAUUCCCGUCAACGGGUUCAAAGACCUACAGGGUAGCGAUGGUCCGAGAAGGUUUACGAUUGAGAAGUCGGGAGACAUCAAUGCACUUCCCAAAUCUCACACUUGUUUCAACCGCCUCGACCUUCCACCGUACAAGACAUAUGAAGCACUACAAAACAAACUGUCCAUCGCUGUGGAAGAAACAGUUGGUUUUGGGCAAGAGUAAACUGUCGUACCAUAGCAUCCCUUUUUCUUUGGAUUUGCAACUUAUUAAAGGGUCACUCAUCGCUUCCUCGUUCCUGGGAACUAUUUAUUGGAAUGGGCGAGGAAUUGUUAGUGUCUGCUCGCUUUCCUUUCUCCUAUUUUACGAGUCCAUGUACAGAUAGUAUAUAGAGGCAGUUAGGUCUGUAGUGAGAUCAGGUUUUGAAAGGUCUCCGGUCAAGAUUCAUGCCUUGCUUCCCCUUCCCCCCCCCCGGCAGCCUCUGAGAGCCAUUUGGCCGAACAUGUAUUUUGACAAGUUACUCUAUCCGUUUUACAAUACCGUUCUAGGGCGGUUAUUCAUGGUGUACUAUGAUAAG